AUGGAGCUAUAUAGAAGACUACUAGGAUGGUCUUCAAGAGCCAGACAAUACACCCCUCUUGACUCGACUCAACAACAUCAGCAAGAUCCAGUCAAUGUGACAGAGGAGGUCGAAAGAGAUAGUCUCUUUGAUCAACCGUGUCCUGAACAACAUGCUUCUCUCUUGUCAAGAUUAUCAUUCUUUUGGGUUCAACCAAUGAUGAUGACAGGAUACAAAAAAGCACCUCUACUUCUAACUGAUCUGUGGCGAGCACCGGAACACAUCAAAGUCGAGAACACUGUUCAAUAUCUGGACAAUCUACACUUGGAUUGCAAGUAUGCACUCAUCAGACACAUCUAUCGUGAGUUUGUCCUGAGGAAUGUUACCCUCAUAAUUAUCAAGAUCUUUGGUGCCAUGGUCACUAUCGGUUCACCAGUCUUGCUUAAAACAUUCCUCUGGUACAUCCAAAACGAUGACUUUCAAAAGGGAUAUGGAUGGCUCCUAUCUUUUGGUCUGUUCCUCACAUCUAUAUCAUUGUCACUCACCAACCAAUACUCCUUCUGGUUCGGUAUGAAGAUGUGUCUAGAGAUCAGAGGAUCAUUGAUUGCCACAAUCUUUCGAAAGAUGUUGCGCAUCAACAAUGACUCUCGUCGACGAUUCAAUUGUGGAGCAAUCAUGAAUCUGGUGGCCGUAGAUGUCGAGUCAUUCUCAGAGUUCUUUUGGAACAACUGCAUCGAUAUCUUCAUCUAUCCCUUUACCAUAACAAUGCUAUUGGUGUUCCUUUGCAUGGUUGUUGGUGUGGCACCAGGCCUGGUUGGCUUUAUCCUCAUGGUCAUUGGUCUUCCUAGCAAUGCAUUGUUAAGCAAACGACAGAGUGAUCAUCAGCUCAAUGCAAUGAACAUUGGGGAUGAACGAGUUGGACUCAUUGGCGAGAUGCUGGAAGGUAUACGACUUUUGAAGCUCUAUGCAUGGGAGCUACCUUUCAUCAAUCGUGUAAUGUCUGUCAGAGAGCGACAAAUACAUGCCAUUAAGAAGCGGAACGUCUUUUGGGCCACUUCAUCUCUACUCACACAGGUGUUGGCUGGUGUAGUUCUGUUCUCAACAUUCAUGGUGUACACCCUGUUGGGUAAUCAGCUGACUGCAACAGUUGCCUUUACAAGUCUUACUAUAUUCGUCAAUAUGCGUCGACCACUCGAGAUGUUGCCAGAGUCCAUUCAGAGACUAAUGAAGAUCAUGGCAUCCGCACAGCGUAUCGAGUCAUUCCUCAGGUGUAGUGAGGUGCAAGCAUCAAUGUUAUCAUACCAAGAUAACGACAAAGAUGUACAAAUAAUCAAUGGAGAGUUCAGUUGGGACAGUACCUCCUCAGCAUCGACACUCAACCAAGGUCAUGAGGAGGAAGAAGAAGAAGACGACGACAAUGAUGAUACUAUUCAAUCACCUGAUGAAGCUGAUAUAAAAGCAUCGUUAUUCAAAAAGCAAUCAUCCAUCGAGUUGGAGAACAUCACCAAACAUCAGUCAACAUCAGUUCUCAAGCAAAUCAACAUUGUGGCACCAGCUGGAAAGCUAACAAUGGUGUGUGGACGUGUUGGAGUCGGCAAGACAAGUAUUCUAAGUGCAUUAAUUGGCGAGAUACACAAAGUUGAUGGUCAAGUGCAGGUUCCACGAAGGAUUGGCUUUACAUCUCAAACAGCCUUUUUGAUCAGUGCAUCACUACGUGACAAUAUAUUGUUUGGACAGGACUUUGACCAAGAUCGAUAUAUCAAGGUAUUACAGGCCUGUGCAUUGGACUCUGAUUUGGGCCAGUUGCCGGCAAAGGAUCUAACAGAGAUUGGAGAGCGUGGCCUGAAUCUUAGUGGCGGCCAGAAGCAGAGAGUAUCAUUGGCACGAGCAGUCUACUCUGAUCCAGAUUGCUAUAUACUUGAUGAGCCACUGUCUGCCGUAGACUCUGAGGUUGCCAAACAUCUCCUUCAGCAUUGCAUUCAAGGUGUCAUGGCCAAUCGUACCAGGAUAUUGGUGACACAUCAACUUCAGUUCCUACCUGCUGCAGACCAUAUCAUUGUGGUUGGACCCUCUGGUGAGAUCACUCAAGGCUCCUAUCAAGAGUUGGUAGACAGUGGCAUUGACUUUGAAUCAAUCAUGAAGAACAAGUAUGGCGAUAUGCAAAAGAGUCUUCAGCAGCAACAACAGAGACAACAAGAAUCAGAUGUCGACUCCAUCACCACUUCCACCACAACUGAGUUGCCACGGGCACCUUUACCAACAACCCCAGUCCAAUCAAUCCACGAUCUCAUUGCAUCAACCAACGAACCAAACCUGGAACAAAAGGCCAAGCUACUGGUUCAAGAGGAACGUAACAAGGGUGCCAUCGGUUUAGAUACCUAUGGACCAUACGUAAAGGCUGGUGGAGUGAUUGGAUUCUCCAUCAUUGUCUUUUUCUACAUCACCAGUCAAGUGAUCUUCCAGAGUGCUGACUAUUGGCUGGUGGUAUGGACCAAGAGGCAGCUGUCCACACCUCACACUGACCGUUGGUAUUUGAUGAUAUACUUUUGCUUCAUCGUCGUAUACAUCAUUAUGUUGGGCAUCCGAUACUUUGCCCUCAGUCGCUUCACAGUUGUGGCAUCAUCAUCGCUACACAAUCGAUUGCUCACCAAUGUCAUUGAUGCACCAACACUAUUCUUUGAUCAGAAUCCAUCCGGUCGUAUACUCAAUCGAUUCUCAAAGGAUAUUUCAGACAUUGACAUAUCACUCCUAGAUGUUAUCUCUGACAUUAUGUACAAUGGUUCGUCUGUACUCGUAUCGAUCUGCAUAAUGAUAUUUAUCAACCCAAUCAUGGUGCUACCUCUUGCAUGUCUGGGCGUACUCUACUACUUUGUUCAACAAAUCUAUCGCAGCUCAUCCAGAGAACUCAAAAGAAUGGAGUCAAUCUCAAGAAGUCCUAUCUUCUCAACAUUUGGUGAGAGCUACAAUGGUUUGGUCACGAUCCGAUCGUUCAAACAGCAGACCCGCUUCUACAAUCAACUGAUUGAGCAGCUGGAUGUCAAUAUACGUUUGAUCUACUAUAGCUAUGCGUGCCAUAGGUGGAUGGGCACACGACUCGAGUUCAUAGCAUCUGUCACUGUGUUCUUUUCGUCAUUGUUUUCAGUAUACAAUGCAGCCGAUAACCCUGGACUGGCUGGCUUGGCAGUGACCAGUGCCCUUGGUAUGACAGGAUUCCUCAACAGACUGGUACGACAAUUCACAACUCUAGAGGUCAAGAUGAACUCUGUUGAGCGUGUCAAUACCUAUAUACAAACGCCAUCCGAAGGUGUUCGAUACUCUGAUGCACACUCUGCACCACCAGAGGAUUGGCCACAAGAAGGAAAGAUAGAGUUCCGCUCAGUUCAAGUACGCUACCGUCCAAAUAUGGAGCCGAGUCUCUCCAAUGUCACGGCACUCAUACAUCCAAAUGAAAAGAUUGGAAUAGUUGGUCGCACGGGUGCCGGAAAGUCCACGAUUGGUGUGGUACUAUUCCGAAUGGUCAAUCCAUCUGCUGGUGAAAUCCUGAUUGAUGACCUCAACAUUGUAGAUAUCGGGCUGUAUGAUCUCAGAAGUCGCCUCUCAGUCAUACCACAAGAGCCAUUCAUCUUUUCAGGUACAUUACGUGACAACAUUGACCCUGCCAAGGUCUACUCAGACGAGCAGAUCUGGAGUAGUCUGGAGAAGGUGCAGAUGAAGCCUGUCAUAAGUGGCAUGCCAAUGGCGUUGUCAACACCAGUGGAUCGCGGGGGAGAUACAUUCUCAACAGGCCAGAAGCAGCUACUCUGUCUAUGUAGAGCACUGUUGCGAAACUCAAAGAUCGUGUUGAUGGACGAGGCCACGGCAAGUCUUGACUACCACACAGACUCUAUCAUCAAAGAGACAAUCGCCAACAACUUUAAGAACAGCACCGUGCUGACCAUAGCACAUCGAUUGGACACCAUCUAUGAUAGUGAUCGUAUUAUCGUCGUUGAUAAGGGUCGUCUGGCAGAGUUUGAGUCACCUGAGCUACUGGCAAGGAAUCCAGACUCUCGAUAUACUCAACUACUGGUUGCACAAUCUUCAUACAGUACCAGCCAAUAA